AUGACAUUACAAGAGAAAGGAGAUGAUUACACCAAAGAUGGAACUGUUGAUCUUCGAGGCAAUCCUGUCCGAAGAUCCCAAAGAGGUCGUUGGAAAGCUUGUUCCUUCGUCAUUGUGUACGAGAUAUUUGAAAGAAUGGCUUAUUAUGGGAUAUCGAGCAAUCUAGUGAUGUUCAUGACUACCAAAUUGCACCAAGGCACGGUCCAGUCGUCAAACAAUGUAACCAAUUGGGCUGGGACCAGUUGGCUCACUCCCAUCUUGGGUGCUUACGUGGCAGACGCUCAACUUGGUCGUUACCUCACUUUCGUAAUUUCUUCCGCUAUCUGUUUUCUGGGGAUGUUGGUGUUAACUUUAUCAGUAUCUAUACCGGGAAUGAAACCACCCGAAUGUCCUACCGCUAGUGCUGAAAACUGCGUGCAGGCUUCAGUUCUACAGUUGGCGGUUUUCUUUGGAGCAUUAUACAUAUUAGCGAUUGGUACAGGUGGUACAAAACCUAACAUAUCAACAAUAGGGGCCGAUCAAUUCGACGAGUGGGAUUUAAAGGAGAAGAUACAGAAAACCUCAUUCUUCAACUGGUGGAUGUUUAGUAUUUUCUUUGGUACUCUAUUUGCCAACACUAUUCUUGUCUAUGUUCAAGAUAAUGUAGGCUGGGUCUGGGGUUAUGGGCUUCCAACUUUGGGACUUGCUAUUUCCAUUUCUGUUUUCUUGUUGGGCACUCCUUUUUACCGCCAUAAACCCCCAACGGGAAGCCCUUUCUUGACGAUGGCUCGAGUCAUUGUGGCUUCAUUUCGCAAAGCGAAAGCACCAAUGACGUGUGACCCCACAUGCUUCCACGAACUUUCUUCACUGGAAUAUGAGCGGAAAGGCACCUUUCCGAUCCACUCCACUCAAAGUUUAAGGUUUUUAGAUAGAGCUUCGCUGAAAACAGGAACAAUCGGUCAGUGGAAUGUUUGUACAACCACAGAAGUCGAAGAAACAAAACAAAUGCUAAAUAUGCUACUUAUCUUGUGCAUAACUUUUGUCCCAAGCGCGAUGAUCGCUCAAGUUAACACUUUGUUUGUCAAACAAGGAACCACUAUAAACGCAAGGAUUGUCGGAAAUUUUAGCAUCCCACCAGCGAGUCUCUCCGCCUUUGGAACAGUCUCAUUCCUCGUGUCCAUUUUCCUAUAUGAUCGAGUCUUUGUCAAGAUAACCCAAAAAUUCACCGGAAAUCCAAGGGGCAUUACUUUGCUUCAACGGAUGGGAAUUGGUCUUAUCUUCUACACCAUCGUCAUGACCGUCGCAUCUUUCACCGAAAGGUAUAGACUCAAAGUUGCUGCUGAUCAUGGACUCAUUCACCAAACGGGUGUAAAACUACCGUUGACAAUCUUGGUGCUGCUUCCUCAACUCGUGCUUAUGGGUAUGGCUGAUGCUUUCUUAGUAGUUGCGAAGCUCGAAUUUUUCUACGAUCAAGCUCCUGAAAGCAUGAAAAGUCUUGGCACAUCGUAUUCGUUAACAAGUCUAGGGAUCGGGAAUUUCUUGAGCAGUUUCUUGCUGUCCACGGUUUCUAAGAUAACAAUAAAACGUGGAAGAGGAUGGAUUUUGGAUAAUCUUAACGAGUCUAGGUUGGAUUAUUAUUACUUGUUCUUUGCGCUUCUUAAUUUUAUCAACUUCUCCUUGUUCUUGGUCGUGGUUAAGUUUUAUGUUUAUAGAGCUGAUGUUACUCAUUCAGUGGAUGUGAAAGAAGAGGAAUCGAAGGUGAUGGGUAUCAACGAGGAUGAAUAA